AUGCUGCACAUCGGCGAUCAUUUCCGGCACCAAGUGCGGCAAGAUUCUGCACGACCUGAUUUCUUGGUAAUCGAGUACAUGAGGAAGAAACAUCUAAUUUCCCAAGAAGAUUAUGCCUGGGCCACGAGAUAUACAGAAAGGCACCAUUGUGAUGGCUUGGUUCCACUUGGGUAUAUGCCUCCAGAACUGAGGAGAAAAGAAGAGAAGAGUAAGGAGCUUCCCCAUGACUUGGAGAAGGAGGACCGA